UUUGGUUUUACGAUUAGCAACUUAAUUAGCAUAUGCAUACAUAUGACUAACCUAAUUAAUCUGUUGUCGUGGUCGAUCGUUUACGGUUUCUCCAAACAUAUCCACAUGAGAUAUAUACUACUCAUUCACCAAGCCGGCCGCCGAGCAAAACAAAAGAAGCGUCCCUUUCGUAGGAAUCAUUCGUUCAUCCUCCAAAUCCUUAGGGAGCGGAGGAGGUGAGAGGGGUCAUCAUGGCGACGAGGAGGAGCAGCAGCAGCAGGCAGCUUGGGCGGAGGCAGCCGGCGUUCAGCCGCUGGUGAUGCCGGAGGACGGGUACCAGUGGAAGAAGUACGGCCAGAAGUUCAUCAAGAACAUCCAGAAAAUCAGGAGCUACUUCCGGUGCCGCGACAGGCGGUGCGGCGCCAAGAAGAAGGUGGAGUGGCAGCCGGGCGACCCCAGCGUCCGCGUCGUCUACGACGGCGCGCACCUGCACGGCUCCCCGUCGUCAUCCAACGGCGGCGGCGGCGGCCAGGACGGCGCCGCCAACCGGUACGAUCUCAGCACCCAGUACUUCGGCGGCGCGGCUCCCACGCCGCAGACGCGGUGACCAGACGACGCGACGGGCGCCGCCGGCCGGUGGCGCCAUCAGGAGGACGUGUGGUAGCUGUUGAAUGGCCGGCGGUGGCGGUGCCGGGGCGCCGCCGGUGCAGCGUUGUCGACGGUGUAGGUGGCAGAUUAUCUGCGGUCAACGUGAUUACAACAGGUGCACUAGCUAGCUGGUUGAGCGGUCGCACUGCUACGACUAGUAGUACUCCUACGUACGUAGCUCCGUUUGUUUCCUGUAUGUAUGUAUGUACGAUUAGUUCAACUCUGGUACCUGAGGCCGCGAGUGCA